AUGGAAGGCGGCGCUGAAGCCGUCGAUGUGAGCUGGCUCCAUCAUUCUCAGCGGGCUGAUAAUGCGGGUCGAGCCAAAAACACACCAUCACGGCCUGCUCAGCAGAAACCAAAUGAGCAACAGCCGGCACCCGACAGCACUGCUACUCCGCAAAACGAUGCCGCUGCCAAAACUACUAAUGGGCAUAAUGGACAAGCCUCGCCCUCGGCCCCGAGACCAGUGCCAGCAUCGUCGUUAUCCAAACCAUUACCAUCGCCAUCCGAAAGCGCCGACAAUGAGUCCUCAAAACAACAGUCGCUUUCUCCACCGAGCCAGAACCAGAAUCAUAACCAAACCCAAGAGCAGGGCCAGGGCGCUUCCCCAGAAUUUACACCUGCCCAAAACAUCACUACGACGAGCGCAGUCCCUCUUACGGGAACAAGUCGAACUACAGUCACCAGCACAAACGCAACCCUCAGACCAACACCGCCGAAGCUCAUGCCUCGGCGAAACUCCUGGAUCUCCACGCUUAGCUCCAAGUUCACCUCUGGCUCUACGCCUCCAUCUCAGAGCCAUAUGAGAGAGUCGCCAUCAAACAGUCGGCAGCAGCAACCUUCCGACUCGAUAAACCCGUUUGGUGCUGCGUACUCGCCGAAAGAUGCCGAUAAAUCAGGAGAAAGUUCCAGCUCUUUCGCCAGCGGUUCUCCAAAGAGCAGCCACCCUUCAUUCUUCCAUAACGCAUUCCGAAAACUGUCUUCGUCCGGAGGAACUGGCCUGGGCAAGCUAUCCUCUAACUACGCCCCCAAUGGCGGGGUAUGGCCAAGGCGAGUGAUGAAUAUUGAUGCGGAUCGGGACCGUUGCAAGAUUCCAGAACUCAACCAAGCAAAACUGCGACGUGUGGCGUUUUGUGUGGAUGUUGAGAUUGCAGGGACUCAAAGAAGGUCUGAAGGUGACGAGGAACGCAAUACCAAGAAGAAACCUGACCCCAAGGCUGUAGAGGCCGAAGAAGGCACUACGUUAAAGCAUGCAACGGGACAUGCAUCUCAAGCAACGUCAUCACCAUCUUUAAAUACCCCUGCAAGUAACGGCUCUGUGCACCCUCCAGACUCACAUCCAAUCAAUGAUGAUAAAUCCAAGCCACCACCAACGAAGAAGCAGGAGAAGAAAAAACGCUCGGAAGAGGAACGCAAGGAACGGAAGGAGAAGAAGAGAAGGCAAGCCGAAGAAAACGGUUCGAUCCCCUUACAGGUCAACCUCGAAAGCGGAAGCAAUAGUACUUCCAAGACAAGCUCAGUCCGCCGGUCAUCGCGAGGUCAGGAUCAACCUACUACGGACCCUCUACGGAUAUACCGGCGAUGCUGUCAGCUUCGAGAGACAGGCGUGCUGAAGAAGUUGGUCGAGCAGAUUUCUUCGCCGUCUUCAAUUUUGGCCGAGUCACCUGGCACCGUUGCCGUCCUGGACUUGACUGGCUUCCCCAUGACCCUGACUGAUAUUAUUACUUUCAGUGAUUGGCUUUCUAUUGUCCCUGUCCGGAAACUGAUAUUGCAGGACUGUGGCCUGACCGACGAAGCAGUCCGAGUAAUUCUCGGCGGUCUCCUGGCUACCAAGACUAUCGAAGCUGCCAGGCAAGCCCGGCAAUUGAAACACAAGCAUGUCGGGUCCGCAUUGGCAAAGGAAAUUCGAUAUGGAGCUAUAGAAAAACUAUCACUCAAAGGGAAUUCAAAAAUCGGUCCCGAGGGAUGGCGACAUAUCAGCCUCUUCAUACACAUGUCUCGCUCACUUAAGGGUAUUGACCUAUCUGGUAUACCCUUACCUCGCCCCACGCCUCCUACCAAUGGCCCGGCGUCACCCGCCUCCAAAGCUUCCAAGCCCAUAGCUAAUAUUGGUACCGUAUUCGCGGAGUCCCUUGCUGAGCGCUUUGGCGGUGAACGGCUCGAAGAACUCGUGCUUAGCGAAUGCUCACCAUCGACUGAAGAUGUGCGAAAAAUAAGUGAAGCUGCUAGAUCGAUGGGACUGCGCCGACUCGGCCUAGCUAAUAACGGCCUCACUAAGGAGGGACUUGAACAUGUCAUCAACUACUUCCAGGGUGGUAAAUGUGAGGGUCUUGAUCUAGGCGGCAACGAGCUAGAGGCUCACAUGGGCCUUUUCUCCUCCGCUAUUGACAAGUCAUUCCCCCUGACUGCCCUGAGCUUAGCGGAUUGCUCUCUAACGCCUAAAACGCUCUGCUCACUCAUGCAGGGACUGACCUUGUUACCCAACUUCCGCUUCAUCGACCUAUCACAUAACAGAGACCUGUUCGUCACACAGCCUGACUCCCUGGGAACUUUACGAAGAUAUCUCCCACAGAUGAAGGAGCUGAGACGAAUACACCUUGCGGACGUCUGUCUUAGUUCAGAGCAUGCCAUUGCCCUUGCUGAGAUAUUACCCGACUGUCCUAAACUUUGCCAUAUCAACAUCCUUGAGAACCCGGCUAUUGAGGACCUGGCGUCUGCAAGUACUCCCGAAGCCCAGGAGGAAGCUUGUGCACUGUAUGCGUCCUUUAUGUCAGCGGCCCGCAUAUCGCGGAAUAUCAUCGCCAUUGAUAUCGAUGUUCCCACUCCGGAGAAUAACGAGGUCGUCAAGGCUCUCGCGUCUCAGAUAGUGGCUUAUUCCCUUCGCAACCUCCAAUACGGCGAGUUGAAGGAGGAGCUAUCCUCAUCAACUGAUUCACAGGCUGCUGUCAGGGAUGUUCCCGUGCCCGAUAUUUUGGAACAUCUCGUUGGCCACGCCGACGAUGCAAACGGGGACAUUGAUGAUUCAAAAGUCACUUCUGAUUAUGACUAUGUUAUUGGUGGCACUGGAGUUGUUAAGGCACUGGGGAUUUGCCUGGGUAAUUCCGAUUACACCGCCGUCGAAGAUGUUCUGGGUGACCAGUCCCCAACUACUAGCGGCACUUCUACACCAUAUCGUCGCCUUAGUCAUGUUCGCGUGACCAAGAAACCUCGUGAUAUGUCAAGAGAUCUACUCAACUCUGCGAGGAAGAUCCGUCUUCGGCUGCGGCCUGCUUUGGUCCGUGAGGACCGGGCAGGCAAUGAUCUAAACUACCGCCGACUCCACUUCCUUGACAUGACACUUCAACGCAUGAUCCAGCGUUUUGAAGAUGAGUUCCCGGAUACCCGCAUACCCGACGAGACCUCCACAAACCGCUCAAGUGAAGGGUCUCCCAAUCUAUCUACCGUUAAUGAUUCUACCAUCCUUGAACCAUCCGGUUCAUCAGCCAAUGGCAAUACAACCGCUGAAGCAGAUGGUGAAGACGAGGAUGUAGAUCGAUACGCCGUUCGACUCUCACGGACAAGUUCGAAUACAUCCCUUCACUCCCGUGCACUUACCUCUGAAGAAGGGAAAGUCCACCGUCUCAGCCACCAUUUCAGUCACACACUACUCAGCCGCCAAGACAAAGACAAGAGCAAGAACGAUGACCCGGAAUCUACAGAGAAAUCAAUUUCGCAGUCCCCUCCGGAUGCAGUGCAGGUUCAAGCUUUACGCGAGAAACUUGAACGUCUUCGUGCUCUUCAGGGCGAGGAUACUGAUACAAACAUUCACAUUGACGAAGGUCCAUCUUCAUCAUCCCACGGCGCCUCCAAUCUAGAGGAACUGCUCGCCCUACAGAAACAAGAUCCCGAGGCCUUUGCAGAGAUCAAAGAAAGCCAUAUCGUCGCACUUAUAAAUGCGGGUCUAAGAAAUCCGGACGAUGCAUGA